CCAGUCUGAGUGCUCCAAAUGUCAGAUUUAACACCGGGACAAAACAGACAACUUAGCGUGCAUAGAAAAUCUUACUGCUGAAAUGUGCUGUGCUCACUGGAAGCUUCCAACAUCCUGCCCUGGUGACCCCUCAUUGUGGAUGGUAGAAGCCUAGGGAGUUUCUGUUAGUGUGCCUGAGAACGUCUGAUGGACUGCUAAAUACUGGGGCUGUUCAGAAGAAAACUGACAAAUGACUUCAGUUCGGGCUUUGGAGGCAGAGCUCCAUCCAGCACGUGGCUGAAGCCAGUGCUUUUGGGCAGUGCACCUGUAAUGAAGUCUGUGGGUUGCCAUGUGUGUAAGUGGCCCGUGUUUCUCGUAUUCCUCCUAUUCCUCAUAGUGAUUCAACCAGGAAUAACGUAGGUGAGGCUGAAAUAGUGAUUCUGCUUGACCCGUGUUUUGAUUGUAGCGUUUAGUGGCCAUACCGAUGUCUGCAAAUGGAAGGAUCCACUGAAGAAUUGUUUCAGUCCCUUUUAGUUUUGCAGUUCUGUGUGUAACAUCCGAUUUUGGUACCAUGAGACCUGGAGUGUGUGCUGGAUGGGUUUAACGUAGCAUUACUUGAUACUCAGUGAAUGAGUUACUGCAGGAUUACCUGAACUCCAUUAACAAGCAAGUGGCUCUUCUUAGAAAAUGGAAAACUUGCUACCAUAUUUAGGUAUUCAGGAAACACUUCUUUACAGAAAGGGUUGUUAAGCAUUGGAAUGGGCUGCCCAGGGAGGUGGUCCCCUGGAUGUGUUUAACAGCCCUUUGGAUGUGAUGCUCAGGGCCGUGAUUGCGCACAGGGUUGUUAGUGUUAGGGCAGGAUGGUUGGGUUGGGGUUGGACUCGAUGAUCUUCUAAGGUCUUUUCCAACCUGAGCAAUUCUAUGAUUCAGAAUUUAAUUCAUAGUUGCUUUGUAACUGGUUGCUGUACUGAUUGAGAUCAGGAGUAAUGAUAGGCAAGGCUACUUUGCGAAGGCUGGGCUUUAAUAAAGUCCUUUAAAAAGGAAUGUGAGCUAACAGUAUUGCACUGUAAAAAUCUGGAGGGAGUGAAUGUGUCUACCUGUAUACACAUGUACCCAAAACAUGUGGCUGCCCCUCUGGCUGUGGCUUGCAGUGGUGGAGGGCUCCUGCCCGAGCUCACGGCUGGGCCCUGGGGAGGUGCUGCUACCUUUUUGUUUAACCUUUUUCUCGUGUGGUUUGAUUUCUCCCUGUAAAUGGGGAGAAGUGCCCAAAGUUCCCACCUCUGGAAGGAGGGAAGCAAACAAUUAAUUACCGGUUUCUGUUUGGUUGCAUGUGUAAAAUGCAUUUAGGAGUGGUGUGGACUGAAAUGUAACCUGGGGAGGCAACUACGUUGUUGUGGCUGCAAGUCGGAGUGCUGAGGUACUCCUUUCAGUAGGUAACGUCCUGGGCACUGCUACAAGAAAGCCUUUUAUACUCUGCAUUUUUGUAGGUGUGGUGUGAAAGUUCUGGGUGCAAAUGCCAUCUCACAGUGCCGGGGUGAAAACUAAUCUCUGCCAGGGGUUGGAGGUUGGGGGGUGUGUGUGUCUGGGGGAUCUCCAAAUGGGUGAUCCCAGAUGCUGCGGGGUGGGAGAUGUGGGUACCUCCUCCACAAAGCACCUACUAGGAGAAAACAGAGGGCUCUGUAGAUCCGUUUCCUUCUUCUGGCAACCACUUGGCACAGACUUGUCUGUGUGCCCACAGAUCUCUUUGCAAUUAUAAUUAUUUUUCUUUCCUCCUUGGCGACUUCUUCAGUUCAUGCGAGUACUUCAGCCUAAAAUUGCCACUUUCCUUUUGGAAUCAUCUCUAUUUUUAUGUCCUUGCAUCUAAUGCCAAACAUAUUCCUGCCAUCUAUUUUUGCAGAAUUAGUCCUGAAUGUGUUUCAGCCUUUAUUUGGUAAAAGCAUUAUUUUGAACAGGGGACUCAAGCUGUGAAGUUAACCACUCUCGCUUUGCUUUCGCUGCUGUGGAAUACUGUAGGUGGCAACAAAAAUACUUCUGCAGGGAGAAAUACUGUUUGUCAUGUUCUGUGUUUAUUGCUUUUUAGUAAGAAGUAAUUUUUUUGCAUCUAAUGACUUAUUUCUAAGUCAUCCUGCGCCUCCUACAGAUGCCCUCUGUUAGAAUCACAGCAUCAUAGAAUGGCCUGGGUUGAAAAGGACCACAGUGCUCAUCUCGUUUCAACCUCCCCGCUGCAUGCAGGGUCGCCAACCACCAGGCCAGGCUGCCCAGAGCCACCUCCAGCCUGUCUUCAUGUCUCUUCUCUCUGCUUUCUGACUUAGUCUGUUUGCUUCUCACUUCCAUUUUGUUUUCUUACAUAUCGAAGUUGGUAGAAAGCAGAUCACUAACUUUGAGGUGUCAGAACUGGAAGACUUCAUCUGUUGCACUGUGCGAAAGGAGGUCUGUUAGUUGCCCUUUUGCACUCUUAUUUGCAUGGUGCCUGAAUAACCAGAAACCUCCAAUUAACCAGCAUUCAUUUUGCAUUGAAGCUUAACUCCUCUCCACAUAGCUUUGUGCUUACAUGAGGUAAGUACUGGCAAGAAUGACAUUUGAUGUCAUGUUUGAUAGAACUUGGAAGUUGCCACUUCUGACUUGGACCCAGGUGAGCACGCUACCAAAACUAUGCCAACACAACCAGCUUGCUUUGGUAGUGCAGCAAUUGCUUAAGCAGCCCUGUUGUCAAUAGAGAAAGCACAACCAGUGGAGUAUGGAGAUCUGCCUCUGUGGCUGGGGACUUCAUUUGGGAUGAGAUGAGCUGUUUGCAAGACUUGCUUGUGUUUCAUUGGCUAGAUCUCUAUUUACUGCAAUGGAAGUUUAAACAACACAGAGGUUCAACUAUUCAGAGUUUUAUCUGCUCGCCAUGGGUUGAUGACUUUGUUUCCCUGCCUUCGCCUCCUCUUCGUUCAUCAAUCUUGCUCUACUGGUAAAUGUGUCUGAAUAGAGCAGGGCCCAUCCCUUUAUCUGCCUUUCUGAUUUGCAGUGCAGUGUUUGCUGGCUUCUUGGUGGUGCUUGUUUUCUUACGUGUGUGCCACAAAAUUAUGUUCACCCCAUGGCACGUAGAUGUCUUCAGUGCAAGCAGGUCCCAGGCAACGUCUGGACUGUGCUGAUCAGAUAAGGGGUGAGUUCUCUUCACCCGGAGAUUUCCUCCAUUCUCCAAAGCUGCAGCCCUCCCAAGGAACGCCAGGCAGUGAUGAGUUGCUUUUUAGUAGAAGACGACCGUCAAGAAAUUCAUUUCAGAAUAGCGUAGAUUUUAGUUCUGAGCGUUCUUCUCUUUGUGCUGGUGCUGUGGGCUCUCAUCAGCCACAUAUUUCAGGGAAAUGUGGAGCGCUUGGAUCCACACAGACACGUGGGAAGAGUGGCAGUGUGGACUCUGCUUUACAGCUUUUGGGAUUAAAUAACUGCCAGCAAGACAAAGUUUGUGCCAGCCUGAAUUUUUCCAGCAAGACCCAGCGAGGUGUUUGCAGUCAAGCAGAACACACGUCAUCCUCACAAGGUACUGCUGCCAACCAGGGGGCCUUCAUCCUGCCGUCCUACCCUCUGGCGUCACCUGGGAGCAGCCCCAAGCACCUCUCCUCUCCAGCUGAGUCCCCGAAGAAGUCACAAGAUAACACCAUGAGCUUCUCAAACUCCUGGCCUCUUAAAAGCUUUGAAGGGCUGCACAAGCCGAGUUCUCAAAAGCCAAGAGACAGUGCAGGGCAGAACUUGCAGGAGAAGCAUUCUCCUCUGCAGCUGAAGCCCACCUUGGUGAGACACCCAGCGUCCCGCCGGGGGCUGCCUGGGAGCAGCAGGCCCGUGCCCCCCAUCCCACGCCUCGCCAGCCCACUGCCCAGCAGGGCGCAGGGGAGAGCCGAGCAGUGUGAGGAUGCAUGGCUGAACGAAGCGGGCAGGAAGCUUGCAGCCGAUCUGUCAGAGCUCAGUGUUGAUGAUGAGGACGUGGACCAAGAAGAGAUGCAGAGUUCACUUAGAUCUCUACGAAAUAGUGCAGCUAAGAAGAGGGCAAAGCUAAGCAGUAACUUUUCAGAACUUGACAGUCCUGAUUCUGCUCUCAAGCUCAGUCUGUCUGCAGAUUCCCCUUCUCACGCUUCCUCCCCAAGCUCCUGCAGCGAGAGUGGAGCUCACAGCCACGAGUCUCUGACCUCACCUGUAUCCACAGUUCCUCAGAGAAGGAGAGUAAUGUCAGACACCUUUCCACUGCUGGGAACUAAAGCACAGCCUGCAAGAAUCCCUUCAGCGAGGAGUAGAGAUGCAAAUGUGGCAGAACAUAACUCCAGCCCAGAGACUUCUGAUGUUAGCGUAGUCGGCCAACGCUUGUACUGUGGCAAUGGGUGUGGAGAUUCUGAGGACAAGAAGCAAAGAGAAGUGCCACAGACUCUCCCUAAGAGUCAAAAUAUGGAGGAACAAGGAAAUCUGAAGCAUUCAAAAGUGUUGGCGUGUAGCUCCCAGCAGCUGAGCAGCCCAGGUUCCGUUUCACCCACUGAGCUGUCUGAAGAUGCGGUCGAAAUUGUUGGUAAAGGUGUGUUUGGAAGUCCUCCUCCUGCACAAACACAGAGCCAGACUGUAACGUGUGUAGAGAAUGGAGAUGACCAGCCUGUCCAGGAGCCUGAGCCAUCGCUGGGCUUCUGUGGGAGGAGCGUCCGGCACAGCAGUGCUUCUCGCUUCCAUGUUGGAAAUGAGAAAGAGGUAAAAGUGACCAUGUCAAAAUCUGCCCAGGAUAAGAUGAGGCAGAAGAAAAGGGAAAGAAAAGAACAAAGUCACAAAGAACAUCAGGAAGUGAAGGACCUUGAAGAAAAGGAAAAAAGCCCUUGGGAAAGACUGAACCUGAAUGAACCCGAGAGCACAACGGCCGACAAAUUAAAUCUCCAUGGGGAUAUAUUGGCACCAUCCAGAAGUGUGUCACUGUCAGUAGAAAACGUUGCCCUGAAUCCUUCACUAAGAAGAACAUCCAGUUUGAAGAAGACAAAAUGUUCAGCUCUGCUAGAUUCUGAUGAAAUUCCUCUUGGGCCUCGAGGGCGCUAUAAGGACCGGACGCCAUCGGUCACUCACAGCCCUGAAGUGAUGGACCCAUCAGAGCUAGAGCCCUUUGCAAAACCAGAGGCAGCCCUCACAGAAGCCCUGGCACUCCUGGCUGAUGACGACUGGGAGAAGAAGAUUGAAGGUCUGAACUUCAUUCGGUGUUUGUCUGCAUACCACACGGCUGUUCUGACUGGGAAGCUCCACGAAACGAGUUUGGCUGUGGCUCAAGAGGUCAAGAAUUUACGCUCAGGUGUUUCUCGAGCUGCUGUGGUCUGUUUAGGGGAUUUGUUCACCUACCUGAGAAAGAGCAUGGAUCAAGAACUAGAUAAUACAGUAAAAGUCCUUUUGCACAAAGCUGGUGAAUCCAACACAUUUAUAAGGGAAGAGGUAGACAAAGCACUGAAGGCUAUGGUUAAUAAUGUGACUCCAGCACGUGCACUUUGUUCUCUUAUAAAUGGAGGGCAAAGCCAUCUGCAUACGGCGGUGAGAAGAUGCACAGCCCAGCACAUGGCAGAUAUUGUAGAACGUAUGGGACCGGAGUGGGUGCUGUCUGGAACCAAAGGUGUCACUGAUAGGACUUUCCCUGCGAUUGCCAGGUUUGCACUGGAUAGUUCACAGCAAACAAGGUAUUAUGGUCGGAAGAUGCUUUUCUGCAUGAUGACUCAUCCUGAUUUUGAUAAAACACUUGAAAAGUAUGUGCCAGCCAAGGAUUUGCCUUACAUUAAGGAAUUUGUUAACAAUUUACAUCAAAAGGGCUUGGGAGAGAUGCCAUUAGACACGCCCUCAGCAAAAGGAAGACGUUCUCAUACUGGUAGUGUUGGCCAUUCGAGGUCAUCGUCUACUUCCAGAGAUGCUCUCAACAUCACAGAGAGAGAGGCUACAGAAGCACGCGAAGUCGGUAGAAAACCAGUUCCUCGUAACUCCCUGGAAAGUGAAGAAUAUGUUAAGGACAUUGUAGGGUUAUUGAAUGCAAAAGACUUCCGUGAUCGAAUAAAUGGAAUUAAACAGCUGUUAUCAGAUGCAGAGAACAAUCAAGACUUUGUUGUUGUGAACAUUGUGAAGAUCUUUGAUGCUUUCAAGUCUCGCUUACAUGACUCAAACAGCAAAGUAAAUCAGGUUGCUUUGGAGACAAUGCACAAGAUGAUUCCACUGCUGAAAGACAAUUUAUCACCAGUUAUCAACAUGCUAGUUCCUGCAAUGGUAGAUAACAACCUCAACUCCAAGAAUCCAGGGAUCUACGCAGCUGCAACAGAUGUUAUUCAGGCUCUGUGUCAACACUUAGACAGCUAUUUGCUUCUGCAGCCAUUCUGCACGAAAGUCCAAUUUCUGAAUGGAAAAGCAAAACAAGACAUCACAGAAAAGCUUGCUGACCUCGUUGUGGAGCUGUACCCACGGAAACCUCACGCUGUAGAGCAGAAGGUUUUAGUCGUCCUCUGGCACCUGCUGGGCACCAUGACCAGCAGCGGCUCCCUGCCUGGGGCGGGAGGAAACAUCCGGGCGGCCACAGCCAAACUGUCCAAAGCACUUUUUGCACAGAUGGGCCCGAGUCUGCUCGCUCACGCCGCAGCUCAGCCACCGCACAUCAAGAGGAGUUUGGAGGAGUUCCUGGAGAUAGCUACCUAACCCAGCGGCUGGCAGGGGCAGAUAGCAACUUACGUGGGGACAGGGGGGCAGCCUGGGCUGGUGUUCACUCGGCACUGGAGCGCUGUGCCCUGGGAGCGUGGGCCCGGGCCGUGCUGCUGCCCUCCCAGCACUGGGACCUCUGAGCACUGCACCUCACACAGAGCUGGAAGGGAACCCCGGAGGGGCUGAUACCGCAUCCAGAACACGGGGUGUAGCGGGCUAGUGCUGACAGACGUGUAUUUUUUACCCCCGUGACCCCCCUGUGCAGUAUUAGCAGGCCCUGCCUGCAGCUGGGCCCCGCGCGGGCUGGAGCAGAGCGGGGGGCGGCCCGGCAAGGCCAAGCGCGGAGGAAAGCAACCGUUUCUGUCCGCCCCUCCCCCCGCCCUGCUCGGCCAGCCCGGGCCCCGCUGCCGGUGCUGUGUGCGUUUUACACGGGAACUGACGAGAAUAAACGGAUUUAUUUCUGUAA